CAUAAUAAGAAGAUAUAAAAUUGAAACAGUGUUGGGAUUCAUAGUUGGAUUCCAAUUAUUCCAACUCCCCCACCUAUAUAAAAUAAGAUCCUCCACUACCUACCUACCUUUACACCAUUAAUUAAUAAAAUGUUUGUGAUGAUCUGAUAUCAGUGAACCUAUUCAUAUUCCCACACCACAUACUAAACACUAAAUCAGAACAACGAAUCAACUCUUCUCCCUGCCAAUAGAAACAAACAAGGGAAAAGUAAACAAUCUGUCUUCGUCAUCAUCUAUCCUAUACUUUCCCUUAAUGCGCUCCAAAUCUUCCCUUCUUUAUUUUAUUCAUAUUUGAGUUCACAUUGGGUUUGUGGUAAAUCUCUCAUUUAUAUUAUGUUUUCCUCCCUAGAUAUAACCUACAAUCCUUUGUUAGUAUAUGAAAGAUGGGUGAGCAUUCUCCAAAGUUGUUUUUAAGGGGUUGAGUAGCAUAAGUUCUGGUAUAGCAAAGACUUUGUGGACCCUUUUUCUUAGCACUUUCUUUUACCCGUAAUGCUCUAUAUUCUCUAGCAUUCGCUCUCUCUCUUUUUUCCCUAAUUCGACGGUUGAUCGCCGAUUGUUUGCUUAACAUGCUCUCAUGAGUGCUUUUCGUGGCAUUUUAAUGGACAGUUCUUACCUAUUUUGAUCCUUACCAAGGAGAUAGAUAGAGAGUUACCAAACUCUAAACCUAUCCAAAAUCAACUAUGAUAAUAUUACUUUAACCAAAAGCCCUCUUUAUAAUAACUUUGUUGAUCCAUUUGAAUUAAACUAAUCUCACCAUCAUACUAAAAGUGGGAAAAGGGAGAAAAGAGGGAUGAAUAAGAACCCACAUCUCCUUAUCUUUCCUCCCUCACUUUCACCCCCCACCCAAAUCAAACAAAAAAAAAAUACCCUCAUAUAAUUCAUACUUAUUGACUUGUAUUAUGUUAUGUGUAUCAGUGUAUAUAUAAAUAUAUGCAUAAACAAGUACCCAUCCAUCCACCUCCCAUUUUCCUUCUUCCAACGUAGCUUGUAGUAGUAGCCUUGCUCGGCGAGCCCUCCUGGGAAGAAUCUCAAUCUCUCCUUCUCUCUGUUCCCCUGAAUCCCUCCUUCUAUUCAGCUAGCUUAGCUACACCGAAGACGUUUCUUCCUUGUCCGCCAAACGUGAACUAGGGGCCGUUCUCCCAUACCCUUUUUCCCCCCAUUUCUCGCUUAAUUCGAGGACUCGUUCACGAGGUUUUCAUUUCUUCCACGGCCUUCUUUCCCCUUGAAGCAGGGGAAGGGUACAGUUAAAGUGGGAGGGCAGGGAAGAAGAAGCUAGCUAGCUACGAUCCGUUACAGUAGCUCGAUCAUUUUCCAUGGCGAUGGCGGGCGCCGAUCAGAAGAUGCAGAAGAGCUACUUCGACGUGCUGGGCCUGUGCUGCUCGUCGGAGGUGCCACUGGUCGAGAACAUCCUCAAAUCCCUCGACGGAGUCAAGGAAGUCUCUGUUGUCGUCCCCACCAGGACCGUCAUCGUCGUCCAUGACACCUUGCUCGUUUCCCAGCUACAGAUUGUGAAGGCGCUGAACACGGCCAGGUUGGAAGCGAACGUAAGAUUGGACGGAAGCAGUGUCGCCGGCGGCGGGAGCUACAGGAAGAAAUGGCCGAGUCCGUACGCAAUGGGGAGUGGGGCCUUGCUGUUGAUUUCGCUUCUCAAGUUUGUGUUCCCGCCGAUGAAGUGGGUCGCCGUCGCUGCCGUCGCCGUCGGGAUCCCACCUAUCCUGCUCAAAGCCAUCGCCUCCAUCAGAAACUUGAGGCUCGACGUCACCGUCCUUGUUCUCAUCGCCGUUAUAUCAACGUUGGCCAUGAAAGACUACACAGAAGCAGCCACCGUGGUAUUCCUCUUCACUAUUGCCGACUGGUUGGAGUCUAGAGCAAGCCAUAAAGCCAAUGCAGUGAUGACUUCUUUGAUGAGCAUCGCACCUCAGAAGGCCACCAUAGCCGAGACAGGGGAAGAAGUUGACGUCAAUGAGGUGAAGGUGAACACGGUCGUGGCUGUCAAGGCCGGCCAGGCCAUCCCGAUAGAUGGAAUCGUGGUGGAUGGGCAGUGCGAGGUCGACGAGAAGUCGCUGACUGGAGAGUCGUUUCCGGUUCCUAAGCAGAAGGAUUCGACUGUCUGGGCUGGGACCAUCAACCUAAGUGGCUACAUCAGUGUGAAAACCACAGCCCUGGCUGAAGACUGUGUGGUGGCCAAGAUGGCGAAGCUCGUCGAAGAAGCUCAGAACAGCAAGUCCAAGACGCAGAGGUUCAUUGACCAAUGUGCUCAGUACUACACUCCAGCAAUCAUAGUGAUAUCAGCAAGUCUCGCUGUAAUUCCUCUGGCUUUGAGGGUUCAUAACAAGGAGUACUGGUUUCAUUUAGCACUUGUGGUGCUAGUGAGCGCAUGUCCAUGUGCUCUGGUCCUCUCCACGCCAGUUGCAACAUUCUGUGCACUCACAAAGGCAGCAACUGCUGGUCUCCUCGUCAAAGGAGGCGAUUACCUCGAAACCCUUGCCAAGAUUAAGGUUCUUGCGUUCGACAAGACUGGCACCAUCACGAGGGGGGACUUCGUCGUUUCAGAUUUCAGGUCUUUGAGUGAUGAUUUCAGCAUAGAGACAUUGGUUUACUGGGUGUCGAGCAUAGAGAGCAAGUCUGGUCACCCGAUGGCGGCUGCACUGGUCGAAUAUGGCAGGUCGAUUUUGGUAGAACCAAGUCCUGAAAACGUGGAUGAAUACGACAACAUUACUGGUGAAGGCAUUCAUGGCAAGAUUGAUGGAAGAGACAUCUACAUUGGAAAUAAGAAGAUUGCUGCCAGAGCUGGUUCAACAACUGUUCCAGCAGUUGAAGAUGGUGGGAAGGGAGGAAUGACAAUCGGAUAUGUCUACUGUGGAGGAACCCUCAUUGGCACAUUCAAUCUCUCUGACAGCUGUAGGACCGGGGUGAAAGAAGCAGUCAACCAGCUCAAGGCAAUGGGGAUAAGAACUGCUAUGCUUACAGGGGAUAGCCAAGGAGCAGCCAUGCAUGCUCAGCAACAGCUAGAGAAUGCUCUUGAGGAAGUCCAUGCAGAGCUUUUACCUGAAGACAAGGCAAGGAUAAUAGGAGACUUCAAGAGAAAGCGAGGGCCCACAGCAAUGGUGGGAGAUGGUGUGAACGACGCCCCUGCUUUAGCCACUGCUGAUAUCGGUAUUUCGAUGGGCAUUUCGGGUUCUGCACUUGCCACAGAAACUGGACACGUGAUUCUCAUGUCAAACGACAUCAGGAAAGUGCCGAAAGUCAUCAAGCUGGCAAGGAAAGCUCAUAGAAAGGUGAUUGAGAAUGUUGUCUUUUCAAUCUUCACAAAGGGUUCCAUCCUCGCUUUGGCAUUCGCCGGUCAUCCACUGAUCUGGGCUGCUGUUCUCGCUGAUGUUGGCACUUGUGUGAUUGUGAUUCUGAAUAGUAUGUUGCUCCUAAGAGAGAGCCACAAGCAUACUGCAAGUCAUACCCACAAACAUGCUGCAUCACAUGGCCACAAAGACCAUCAUCAUAAGGAACAGAGCUGCUGUUCGAAUCAAAAGACUGAAAAGGUAUGCCACUCUGAAAAGACUAAAUGCUGCGAAUCAAAGAGCCAGACUAACCUUCAUACAGCGAAAUCUUGUGAAAAUGCUAAAUGCAUGAAAUCAACAAGCUGUGGAGGUAAGAGUGCAAAAGAAGAUUUGGAGCACUGCCAUAAAGUGCAGACAGACAGUCACAACAACCAUGGGUGUUCACGAGCACACCAGCCAGCCCCAUGCACUGGCACAGGGCAUCAUCAGUCUGAAAAGGCAUGCCAUUCUCAGAAGACUCAAUGCUGUACGCCAAAGAGUCAGCCUAGCCUUCAUACAGCAAAAUCUUGUGAAGAUUCUAAGUGCUUAAAAUCGGAUGGUUGUGGAGGGAAUGAUGCAUCUAAGGAUUCUAAGCACAACCAUGGGUGUUCAAGUACUCAUGAGCCAAGCUUAAACACUUGCACACAGAAUCAUGAAAGCGAAAUUUCAGUAGAAGUACAUGGAAGCUAUCAAAGAGAAGAGAACUUGCCAGAGCAGACACACUACCAUACUGCACAUUGCCAGAUGGUCACUCAUGAUGGCAGUGAUCUCAAUGACUCUACCGGUGAUCUGGAAAAGGGAGAGGCCAUAGCCAUCCAUGGGGAUUGCCACUUCAUCCAUUGCGAUCAUGUUGAUAUUCAUAGGAGUGAUGUUCCAUUAGAGAACAAGAGCACUGCAGCGUCCAGUUGUUGUAGCACAGAAGUUGAACCUAACCCCGAUUGUUGUAAAAGCAACAUCAACCCUUCUGAGAGCUUCAGUUGCAUGCCAGUGAGUUCUUGCCAUGAUGCAAUUUCAAACAGCCAUCAUUGCAGGAACUCAGAGCAAAGGGAGAUUGACAGUUGCUGCAAGAGCUACAUGAGAGAAUGUUGCAGGAGAAAUGGGCAUUUUUCUACUGGCUUAGGUGGAGGCUUAUCUGAAAUAGUCAUAGAAUAACUACAGCCUAAUAGGACAAAAAUUAAAAAGGUGUAAGAUGUGAGGUCUGCUUGAUUGGGCAAGCACUAGUACAUAAACAAUAAGUUUUGGGAAACCUGUAUAUGGAGAAGCCAAUUAGCCAAGGGAUAAAAUCGAACUUGCAGUGAGCAGAGAGAGGUGGGUAGAAAAAUUAUAUAGAUAUUGGCUUAAGUUGAUCAGUGUAGUUCUUUCUGUAUGAUGAAAAGAAGAAUGGAAUACACAAGGUUACUUCAAAUAGCAAUCAUACACCAUUUCUCUCCAGCUUCCUUUACUAGCAAUUAAUGCUCAAAUAACUU